GGCAUAUUCUUUCCGACAUGGAAUCGAACUUUCUACAUCUCAGCACAGACUCACUCGAAUUUUCUGGAAACCACACUCUAACAUCAAUUUCCUCCCUAAUUUACUUACUUCCUACUUCCCACUAAACCAAACUACACACACACACACACACACCAUUGACCAUUGUUCAUCUCUCUGAGGCAUUUCCACAAACACUUGGCGACAAUGGCUGAAGAAGACGGAGGAGCAGUCACCCUCUACAACACCACCGUCAUCACCGAUCCAAAACAGAACCCCUACUCCUUCAAACUCGGAGCCGUCCAGACACUCCGCGGCGGCGCCAUUCUCCAAGUCUCCACCCCUCACCAAGCCAAGAUCGCCGAACAAGCCGGCGCAUGCGCCAUCACCGUCUCCGACCCCCUCCGCCCCGCCAUUUCCCGCAUGACCGACCCUUCCCUCAUCAAAGACAUCAAACGCACCGUCUCGAUCCCCAUCCUCUCCCGCGCCCGCGUCGGCCACUUCGUCGAAGCCCAGAUUCUCGAAUCCACCGGCGUCGAUUACAUCGACGAGAGCGAGAUUCUCUCCCCCGCCGACGACCACAACCACAUCAACAAGCAUAAUUUCAGGUGCCCUUUUGUCUGCGGUGCCAGAACCCUCGGCGAGGCCCUCCGGAGGAUCAGGGAAGGCGCGGCGAUGGUAAGAAUCCAAGGCGAUUUGUCAGGUUCCGGCAACAUUGCGGAAACUGUGAAGAAUGUGAGGUCUGUGAUGGGGGAAUUGAGGGCUCUGAGCAACAUGGAUGAGGAUGAGGUUUUCGCUUUCGCGAAGAAGAUUGAAGCUCCUUAUGAUCUGGUUGCGCAGACGAAGCAGAUGGGUAGGCUGCCCGUUGUGCAUUUUGCCGCCGGAGGCAUUGUGACGCCGGCGGAUGCGGCGUUGAUGAUGCAGCUGGGUUGUCAUGGUGUGUUUGUGGGAUCUGAGGUUUUCAAUUGUGAGGAUCCAUUCAAGCGUGUUAGGGGUAUAAUUCAAGCUGUUAGGAACUAUAAUGAUCCUCAUGUUUUGGUUGAAUCUAUGGCAAAUCUUAAUCUUGGCGAUGACAUGAUUGAGAUGGAGCCAUUUGGUGCUGCAAAUGUUGUCUAGUGUAAUGGCUAUGUAUUCAUGCCUUUUGUUGUGUAUCUCUUUUCUGUUAUACAAUAGCAAUACUAAAUUUGUAUCAAUGAGUACUGUGUAUGUGUUUAAGCUUAUGAAAUUGGUCUCUUUUCUUUUCUGAUA